AUGGAGCACGUGAAGAAGAAUCAGAAGUCGAAUUCUCACAACACGCAACCAGUUCGAGUAAUUAAUGUAAUUCACGGUUGGCCAGAACCUGUCGAGGAAUCAGAUGAACUGCUUCGAACACCCCUUCGCCAGGCACGGAUGAAGAGAAGGAUAGGCAGUGUAAACACUCUGCACCAACAGAGCGCAUCGGCGCAGAUAAAGUUUGACGCAAUAGACUUGUUGCGUGUUCAGAUCCCUCAUGAGGACCCGCUAGUCGUAAGUUUGACAGUGGCCAAAUGCUUAGUGCGCAGAGUUUUAAUUGACCCUGGAAGUAGUGCGAACAUCAUGCCAAGAGAUACAUUCAAUCGGCUCGAGAUCAAACAGGAUUGGCUGAAAUCCACCGGGAAUCCACUAUUAGGGUUUGAUGGAAAGCAAGUGGAGCCCGUCAGCAUGGUGGAGGUAGCGGUACAUGCUGCCGAGAGGGUUUUAAUAGAAACCUUUGUAGUUGUUGAAAUUCAUCCCAAUCUUUUGAUGGGCAGAGGGUGGAUCCACAGAGUUCAAGGUGUUCCUUCCAUUCUGCAUCAGGUAAUGAGAUGCCUGGGACCGGACGGAACCAAAGUGAUUGACAUUCAUGGAGACCAAGUUGCAGCUAAAAAAUGUUACUCUAUAACGCUGAAACAUGCCGGAAAGGGGAAAGCUCCCAUUCGUUCAAUCGAUCAGUUCCGACCGGAACGGACAAGCAGAGUAAGGGACGACUCGUUGAAGAGGAAAAGCAGGAAUUAG